AUGGAUAUCGAUUUAAAUAUAUCCUGUAGCAGUGAUGGAUGUUCCGAUAGUUAUAGUGGCAAUGGUAUUCAACGUGAUUUAAGUAAUAGUGAUUCAGGAGGUGAUAAUGAGCAAUCGACUGAUGCAAUGUCCGAAGAAAGUGUUUGUGCCAACGAAGACGAACCGAAUGGCGAAUCAGUUGAGGAAGAAAGUGUGAAUGGAGAUUUAGUGACAUUGCGUGAAGUGGAAUCCAUGAUUAAUGUUGGAAGUGCUAUUGACACCCUUGACGAACUAGGAAAGGGGCGCAAGGGAAAUUCAAAAACACAGAAAAUUGUAUGUUCGAAGGCUUAUCAUUGUUCAUGCGAGGGACCACCUGAUAACAAGGCCUCAAAUGGUAGGCUAGCGGCCUACAAAAAGCAGAGUUAUAGAAGCAACUGCAAGGCUAGGCUACGUGUUGGUCGUACAGAUGUUGAUUCUCCUUGGGUCAUAACUUUGUUCGAGAAAGAGCACAAUCAUGAAUUGGUACAUCCAAGCGAAAGUUAUUUGUUGCGCUCUGCCCGUGAAAUGACACAUUCCCAGAAGACUUUGCUUAUGUCAAUGAAGUCAAGUGGUAUUGGGGUUAGUCGUUCGUAUCGUUUUUUGGAAAAUGAAGCGGGAAGUCGUGAAAAUAUUGGUUUCAUACGCAAGGAUGUGUAUAAUGAACUCAACUCCAACAAUGCGAAAAUGGCUAAAGUUCCUAAUUACGAUGCGAACAAAUUGUUGGAGUAUUUCACCGAGAAAGGAUUGAGCGACCCUUCGUUCUAUUGGAAGGUAAAAGUCACCGACGAUGGUAAGCUUCAAAAUCUCUUUUUUAGGGAUAGUAGAUGUCUGACAGAUUAUCAGCAUUUUGGUGACGUGAUUUUUGUUGAUGCGACGUAUAAAACUAACAAGUAUGACUUGAUAUGUGUCCCUAUUGUUGGAAUAAACCACCAUCGGAUGAACGUAAUGUUUGCAAUUGCUUUUUUAUCCAAUGAGAAGACCGAGUCUUACGAAUGGUUGUUUUCUACCUUUCUUGAGUCAAUGUAUCAUAGAGAGCCUUCUAUCAUAUUUUCUGACCAAGAUCAAGCUCUUAUGAACGGUGUUGAUGUUACAUUUCGUGAUGCAAAGCACUGGCUUUGCCAAUGGCAUAUUAAUAAAAAUACCGGGAAGCAAUUUGGACACUUCAACCAGAACAAACACUUUAAAUCAUUGUGGUUCCGGUGUAUGAAUGGUUGUGAGACGACGAAGAGUUUGAAUCAAAUUAGGCAACUAUGA